AUGUGUUGUCAUCCAAAGGUUUUAGCAAUAUUCUGCCACUGUGGCCUGCUGAGUCUAACAGAAGCGAUCCACCACGGAGUGCCAGUGAUUGGGAUGCCAGUGUUUGGUGAUCAGCCAAGAAACGCUGCUGCCAUUGAAGAAACCGGUCUGGGAGUUCAAAUACAAGUGGAUGAACUGACUAAAGAAACUUUAUUGGAAAAAUUUGAAACUGUCUUAAAUAUACAGUUUAGAAACAAAGUGAAAUGGAUAUCAAAGAUGUGGAAGGAUCGACCGGUGUCGCCAAUGGAUACAGCAGUCUACUGGGUGGAGUAUACCGCUCGGUACACCAAUGUUACCUUCAGAACCACAGCAGCUGAUGCACCAUUGUACCAAAUAUAUAACGUGGACAUUCUGUUUGUUUUGCUUACAGUACUCGCUAUAUUUUUCUUUACAACGAAAUAUGUUUUAAAGUUUUGUUUGUACAAACGGAAAAAUUGGUCGCGGAAGGAUUGUAAAGUGAAGAAGCCUUCCAUACAUCAGUCUUUAUCGCGCUGUUGGUUCGAUAAUACGUGGUCUAGAAUGACUUUCAAAUUUAUUAUCAUAGUUAGUUUACUUUUCUUAUGUACACAAUUCAAGGAAGUGCAAUCAUUAAACAUACUCGGCGUAUUUCCUUAUGAAGGGAAAAGUCACUUUUUCGUGUUCCAAACUUAUCUUGAAGAGUUAGCUCGUAGGGGCCACAAUGUGACUGUUAUAUCAUAUUUCCCGAGAAAACAACCCAUGGAGAACUAUCAUGACAUCAGCUUAGCAGACAAAUCGACGAUCCUCGAAGAUGUUUUUGAAAUAGAAAGAUCGUAUUGGACUAUCAUUAAGAUAAGUUUGUUCCUCGUCAACUCUGGCACAGAUAAUUGCAGGACGUUGAUAGAAGAUGAAAACGUUCAAGAUCUUUGGAAGAGAAAAGCUAAAUUUGAUGUUGCGGUGAUCGAGCAUUUCAACAGUGAUUGUCCUCUGGGAUUAGCCUACAAAUUGGAUGCCCCAGUUGUUGCUUUAACGUCGCAUUUGCUAUUACCUUGGCAUUACAAAAGGUUCGGCAUUCCGAACAAUCCGUCGUUUGUACCUUUCCUGUUUCUAGAGGGUGGAACUAAACCUACGUUAUAUCAACGGGUUGAAAGAACCCUGUUUGAUAUAUAUUUCAAUACGUUAUACAAGUUUAUGAGUCAAGGGAGAGAUCAGCAAAUUUUAGCUCAAUAUUUAGACGACGUUCCGCCCUUAGAACAGUUGGCUAAAGAAAUAAAGUUUAUACUAACUUAUACAAACUUUAUGCUGUUUGGAUCGUAUUUGUAUCCCGCUAAUGUGAUUGAGGUCAAUGGAUAUCAUGUUGCGAAACCGAAGCCCUUACCUGAGGAACUAAGGAAGUUUAUCGAAGAAUCGGAACACGGAGUCAUAUACGUAAGUUUCGGAUCAAUGCUGAAGGCCGUUUCAACUCCUAGAGACAAGAUAGAUGCUAUAAUAGACGCACUGUCAAAGUUCCCGCAGAGAGUUAUUUGGAAGUGGGAGGAGUCAUCUUUACCUGGAAACCCGAAGAACAUUUACUUAUCGAAGUGGCUGCCUCAGAAUGAUAUUUUGGCUCAUCCCAAUGUAUUAGCUUUUUACUCGCACUGCGGAAUGUUGGGGACGACGGAAGCUAUUAAUUAUGGCGUGCCAAUGGUAGCGAUGCCUAUAUUUGGAGACCAGCCAGCGAACGCCGCGGCGGUAGAGGAAAGCGGCCUUGGAGUUCAAAUUCAAAUACCGGAUCUAACGUCAGAAAAUCUACAGAAGAAACUCAAAACUGUGCUGGAUCCUAAAUUCCGAGCCCAUGUCAAGACAUUAUCGAAGGCCUGGCGAGAUAGACCCAUUUCACCAAUGGACAGCGCCAUCUAUUGGACGGAGUUCGCAGCUCGACAUAAAAACUUUACCUUCCGUGCGGCCGCUGCAGAUGUCCCACUAAACCAGUAUCUAUGUCUGGAUAUCCUAGCCGUUUUAGUGUUAAUGAUUUUAGGACUUAUAUUCGUCCUAAAAUACGUUUUCUCGAAUACUAAGAAAUCCAAAUUAGAUUACUACAUGGUGGAACUUGUCAGUCGUCCGGAAAACACGAAUAAGAUGACUGUGUUUUUUGACCACGCCGCUCGAACAAUUUUAAGUAGUUGUGUCAAUGUGAAUUCGUUAAACAUUUUGGGAAUCUUCCCAUCAGCGGUCAAGACCCAUUUUUUCGUGUUUGCACCUUACUUAAAGGAGUUAGCAGAUCGAGGCCAUAAUGUUACAGUGAUAUCUUACUAUCCACGUACGGAUGACGUACCAAAUUAUCACGACAUAGCCUUAAGCAAGGCACUAGGAGAUUUACAACCCAGCCAUCCAAUCAGUAGUUCGAUAUUUGUAACAUAUUUUUUACUAACUUUUGUCCAUAUGCUCAGUGGACCUCUUACGUGCCAACUUUUACUUGAAGAUGAAAAUAUUCAAAAUUUGUUAGAAUCUGAAUCCAAAUACGAUGUUGCUAUCGUGGAACUGUUCAACAGUGACUGUGCUUUGGCAUUAGCUAAGAAAUUUGAUGCACCAGUAGUUGGAAUUACUUCGCAUAUGCUGCUACCUUGGCAUUACAGAAGAUUUGGCGUUCCAUACAAUCCAUCGUUCGUUAUGUUCGAUUUUCUUAAAGGUGGAACGAAACCUACAUUCUUCGAUCGAAUUAUAAGAACAGUUUUAUAUCAGCACAUCAAUUUUAUCCACGAAUACAUAACUCAUUAUUUAGAGCAAAAUAUUAUAGAAGAACAACUUGGUGAAGUAACUUCGCUAAGUGAGUUGGCAAAAGAUAUUAAAGUAGUACUUGUAUAUCAAAAUUUUAUUUUAACUGGUUCAACACUUGCACCGCCCAAUGUGAUAGAAGUUGGAGGCUAUCAUGUAGCCAAACCAAAGCCUCUACCAGAAGAUUUAAGGAAAUUCAUUGAAGAUUCUGAACACGGAGUGAUUUAUAUCAGUUUCGGAACAAUAUUAAACGGUGCCUCGAUGCCAAAAGACAAAUUACAGCAUAUUAUAAAUGCCCUAGCUGAAUUACCUCAACGUGUUAUUUGGAGAUGGAACAAAAAGUCUCUACCAGGCGAUCCGAAAAAUGUAUUCUUGUCUAAAUGGUUGCCGCAAAAUGAUAUUUUAGCUCAUCCUAAAGUGAUAGCGUUUUUCUCGCACUGCGGUCUAUUGGGAACUACGGAAGCCAUGUAUCAUGGUGUUCCAAUAGUAGGUAUGCCCAUCUACGGGGACCAGAGCUCUAAUGCCGCUGCUAUUGAAGAAAGUGGCCUCGGAGUUCAAAUACCCUUGGAUAUGUUAACGAAGGAGUAUCUAUUACAGAAGUUUAAAAUUGUCUUGGACCCUGAAUUUCGGCAAAAAGCAAAGAAACUGUCCGAGGCAUGGCACGAUAGACCAAUAAAAGCAAUAGAUAGCGCCAUCUACUGGACGGAGUUUGCAGCGAAAUACAGUAACUUCACCUUCCGAUCUCCGGCCGCAGACGUACCUCUUUACCAGUAUCUUUGUUUAGAUGUUAUAAUUGUUGUUAUAACAUUUAUUGUAAUUAAUAUUCUGAUUGUUAAAUAUGUGUUAUGGUUUGCUGUGAAAGAAAUAUAUGAUGCACUCUUAACCGUAACGUGCGGAAAAUGUAAAGCGAAAAUAAAAGUCAGUUAA